ACCCGGACACACAUUUAAUUUACUUUUAUUACAGAAGAUUCUUCUCUUCCGAUGAAAAGGUCAACAGUUCUGAUCUCAUUGUGAAGGCCCGAGAAGAUGAGCUGGAAACACGGUAUUCAGGUCCUAUGGCUUGUGCUUCCCCUCUCACUGACUGAGAGAUUCACAGAGAGAUUCACAGUCAGUGGCCCUGACCACCCUGUCCCAGCCACUGCUGGUUCGGAUGUUGUCCUGGACUGUAAGUGUUCCACACACCUGUCACUAGAGCGUCUGGAGGUGAGAUGGUUCAGGACGAGAUACGACUCCCCUGUGAUCUUAUACAAUGAGGGACAUGAGCAGCCAAGUGAGCAGGAUACAGCCUACAGACACAGGACAGGACUGUUUGUAGAGGAGAUUAUGAACGGCAAUGUGUCUCUCAGACUGCAAGAUGUGCGGGGGUCAGAUAAUGGACAGUACACGUGUUAUGUUCAGCUCGGCAGUUUCCACGAAGAGGCAGAGGUAAACUUGAACGUUAUAGGACUUGGCAGUCAGCCUUGGAUUCACGUUGAUGAACACAAUGGUGGUGUGAGGCUGCUGUGUGAAUCCAGUGGAUGGUUCCCAGCACCAGAGGCUCUGUGGGUUGAUGAUCAGGGAAACAACUUAACAAAACUCAGUCACUUGACAGUCAGCAAGAAUUCUAAAGAUCUCUUCAACAUUAACAGUCAAAUAGAAAUAAAACAUUCAACCAACAAGAUCAGGUUUCUGAUUCGCAAUUCAGAAGAUGAACAAGAAACAAGAUUCCAAAUCUCAGACGAGUUCUUUCCCAAAGUGCCAGUGGGUUUGGUGAUUUCCUCAGUGUUCUUAGCACUUGCCAUAUUGGUGCUGAUUGUUCUUAUCGGCUACAGUGUAAAACAGCGCAGAGAUAUCAAUGCUCUUCAGCUAAGCCUGGACAGGAGAAAGCUUACCCACUGUGCAGCUCCGGUCUCUCUGACUCUGGAUCCUGACACAGCCCAUCCCCGGCUCAUCCUGUCUGAGGACCUGACCAGUGUGAUACGUGGAGACGAAUGGCAGCCACUCCCUGACUCCCCGAAGAGGUUUAGUAAAGAUCCCAUUGUCCUGGGAUCUGAGGGCUUCACAUCAGGGAGACAUUACUGGGAGGUGCAGGUGGGCAACAAAACUGAGUGGACUGUGGGAGUGAGCAGAGAGUCUGUCAACAGGAAACGACCAAUCACGUGGUCACCAGACGACGGGGUCUGGGGUGCUUGGCUGUGGGAAGGUGUCUAUCGGGCUCUGUCUUCACCUCCCACCCGCCUCAAGCUGACAGUGAGACCCGGGAAGAUCGGGGUGUACCUGGACUAUGAGGAGGGACAGGUGACAUUUUACAACGCUGACAACAUGUCUCAUCUCCACACUUUCUCCCAAACUUUCACUGAUAAACUUUAUCCUCUCUUCAAUCCCGGGCAUAAGGAUGACGGAAAAUCUCUGAGAAUCUGCCCAGUGACAGGUUAAUGAGGAGGAAAACCCUCAGCCAUUCCCUCUGUUUGACUGUUAUAACCUGGAGGUUUGGACGAUGCCGAGUGUUUGAUUCUGUGCGUUUCCCCACACCAGUUUGGAGCUGAGUUUGUGACGGGAAGUGAAGGGCGGGGCAGAGCACGGGGUCUUCCUGGGAGACGUCAGCUCCACAUUGUACCCCGAGCAGGGAACGCCGUCUGUGGCCAACGUCACUGAGCAGCCGCGACACGGCUCCUGCACAUUGUCAAUACUGAGCCACUGCACUUACUGUAUAAGGAGUUUCCCUGAACCCCCUCAGCUCCUGUUAACCCUACAGCCAAAGCCCGAACUAACAAGUCGGGUGGCUCUGGCUGGAAAAGCAGUGGGAAAGCUUGUGA